CAGAACCUUAUACAGAUAAGCGAGUGCUUGUAAUUGGAGCCUAUACCUCUGCAUUUGACAUCAUGGGCGAUCUGCACUCUCAUGCGUCCGAGGUGGUCAUCUCACUGACCGCACUGGACCAAUUUGGCGUGAGAGAACAGUACAAGAAAGGGCUGCUACCACACAACGUGAGAACAACGCCAUUCCCGCAGGCGAUCAACGGUAGCGUGGUGACGUUCACCGACGGUGAGACGCUCGAACCAGACGUGAUUAUUUUCUGCACUGGCUACGAGUAUUCGUUCCCAUUCCUCGACGCCUCGUGUGAUGUCACUGUUAGCGAGGGUAAACGCAUACAACCGUUAUUCAAGCACAUGAUCCACAGCAGGUACCACACGCUCAUGUUUAUCGACAUGGUUUAUACACCCAUCGAGUUUUCGAUCGCAUACAUCCAGGUUUCGUUUGCGUUCAAAAUCCUCGAUGGCUCGCUGGCGCUCCCUAGCGAGGAAGAGAUGAUCCAGGAGACGGAAGCAGACUACCGCGAUCGAAUGGCCAGUGGUCAGAAGACCCACCAUGCUCACUCGUACGAGUUUGCUCUUCGUUGGACCCCAUAUGCGUACUGUGAUGAGAUUGUUGCUUUUGCUGGUAUUGAGCACCUCGUGGCAGAAACGUUUGGAUUUGUCAUGGGUGUCUUUGCUAGAUUGUUUGAAAAUGUUAUGACGUUUAGAGACCAUGACUUCCUUGACCCUAUACCGGACCAGUAAUGAGACGUUCGUGAUGAUACGACAUACUGAGUUUUAAUAACAUCACAAUACAUCUAGGGCGUCUUUAACAUGUUGAACAAAUGUAUACUGUUACCAAAUACUGCUGUAUACUGAUGCACGUAAAAAACGUUACGUAGUUAUAAUAGAGGUAAUAAUAAUUGGUUGUAGUAAUUACUGAUUGAAUAAAUGGGUAAUUCAUA